AUGCAUCCUUGCAGUAUUAUCCUCUUCAUCGCCGUAGCUGUAUUCGUAGUUCAAGCUUGCAACCCAACAGCAGGACCACCAGGACGACCUGGACGCAAUGGACCUAGAGGAGAACCAGGACCUGAGGGAGAUCAAGGAGAACCUGGAGAUGAAGGUCCGCAGGGAUUACCUGGGCAUAUUGGUCCGCCAGGAGAGGAAGGUGAUAGAGGACCGCAAGGAGAAGUUGGUGACCAAGGACCGCUAGGUCUGAGAGGAAUGAAUAAUAACGGAUAA